UUAAAUGCUGAACUAUUCUACUGCAACUCAACCAGAGAACAAAGGCUAAAAACCCCUAGAGUCCGCUUCUCCGCCUUGUGACUCAGAAGGUCUGAAGUCUAUUGCCCCAGUCUCUCUCUCUCUCUCUCUCUCUCUGUGUGUGCUUUUUUUAUCUCGGCCGUCGCGGGAAAGAUGAAGGUAGUCGCUUUAGUAAGCGGCGGCAAGGAUAGCUGCUAUGCCAUGAUGAAAUGUAUCCAAUACGGCCAUCAGAUCGUUGCAUUGGCGAAUUUGCUGCCGGCUGAUGAUUCGGUGGAUGAACUAGACAGUUACAUGUAUCAAACCGUAGGGCACCAAAUAAUUGUUAGCUAUGCAGAAUGCAUAGGGGUGCCAUUAUUCAGAAGGAGAAUACGAGGAUCCACUAGGCAUCAGAAUCUUAGUUACAGAAUGACUCCAGGUGAUGAGGUGGAAGAUAUGUUUAUUCUUUUAAAUGAAGUGAAAAGACAGAUACCAUCUGUCACAGCAGUGUCUUCGGGUGCUAUUGCAUCAGACUAUCAGAGGCUACGGGUCGAGAGUGUCUGUUCAAGGUUAGGGCUUGUUUCUCUGGCAUAUUUAUGGAAACAAGAUCAAUCAUUGCUCCUUCAGGAAAUGAUAACAAAUGGGAUUGUGGCAAUUAUAGUAAAGGUUGCAGCCUUGGGCUUAGACCCUGCAAAGCAUUUGGGCAAAGAAGUAGCAUUUCUGCAGCCCUAUCUACAUAAGUUGAAUGAGCUAUACGGCAUUAAUGUAUGUGGUGAAGGAGGGGAAUAUGAAACUCUGACGCUGGACUGCCCACUUUUUGUUAAUGCUCGAAUUCUGCUCGAUGAGUUUCAAGUUGUACGACACUCUUCAGAUCCUGUAGCUCCUGUGGGAAUCCUUCAUCCCCUGAAAUUUCAUUUGGAAAACAAGAAAAACUCCAAAUCAUUAAGUGGUGGUGACAAAAUUUGUGAUCUGUCUGUGGAGAAAACCGUUUUUGUAGUUGAGGUGGAAGAAGAUUGCCAACAAACAUGUGAAGCUAUUUGUCAACCUCUUCUUGGAGUCAAUGAUCUAGUUGAAUCUACAAAACAUAGACUCCAUGUAUCAAAAACCAAGAAGGAUAACGUGUUUUCCAUUUGCUGCUGGUUGCAAGAUUCAUGUGAAUCUUCAGCGGGUGUACAAGAAGAUCUGAAAACUGUUCUUAGCGAAAUUGAAUCACAGUUUGUGAGUCAUGGCAUUGGCUGGGAGCACGUCUUAUAUAUCCAUCUCUAUAUUUCUGAUAUGAAUGAUUUUGCAGCUGCAAAUGAGACAUAUACAAAAUUUAUUACUCAGGAGAAGUGUCCAUUUGGUGUUCCAUCUCGUAGUACAAUCGAACUUCCUUUACUGGAGGCAGGUUUAGGGAGAGCAUAUGUCGAAGUCUUAGUGGCUAAUGACCAAAGCAAAAGAGUUCUGCAUGUACAAAGCAUUUCCUGCUGGGCUCCUAGUUGCAUUGGGCCCUAUAGUCAGGCAACCUUACAUAAGGAAGUCCUUCACAUGGCUGGGCAGCUGGGUCUUGACCCUCCGACAAUGACUCUCUGCAAUGGAGGCCCUGCAGCUGAGCUGGAACAAGCUUUAGAAAACACCGAAGCAGUAGCAAAGGGCUAUAACUGUUCGAUAUCAACUUCUGCUAUUCUCUUUGUAAUAUUCUGUUCAGAGCGUAUUUCAUCAGCUCAGAGACUUGAACUUCAUGAUAAGUUUAAUUCUUUCCUGGAACAAAUGAGAUAUUCCCAUUCAGAUGAAGGAAGCACAUCAAAAGUGCUUGAUCCCAUUUUUCUCUAUCUCCAAGUGCCAGAUCUGCCAAAGAGAGCAUUAGUAGAAGUAAAGUCCAUUCUUUUUGUUGAGGAAAGCUUGGAAAUGAAAGGUGAAAGCAUCCAAGACCUACUUUGUACAAAGGAAUCUGAUAAUUGGGGUUUCCAACCUGCAAACUGGCAUGAUUCUUGCAUACAAAAAUGCCUGGUUAAUGGGAAAAUAUGUGCUGCCAUUCUGUCUGUCUCAAGUGAAGUUGCUGCCAAGAUUUGCUCUGAACCUUUAGAUAAUAAUCAGAACUACACUAAUCAUGGAGAUGUCCUCACUGAAGAGCAAAUGCAGAAAAUAUCAAGAUUUUGCUUGUAUCUUCUUGACAUGUUGAGGCAAAACGGCUUCUUUUGGGAAAACACAAUGAACCUGAGGCUCUACUUCCCCGCAACCCUUCACAUCCCUAUGGAGACAUUAUGGAACAUAUUUGCCGGCGCAUUCAGCGAGCUUGCUGAAAUGGGUAAAACUGUUAGAGUUGGUGGAGAAACUCUCUUCAAUCUUGUUCCCGUUCUGGGUGCUGGUAAAUCCGCUGCAUCCAUGGAUGAUAUAAUCACUUGCGAAUUAUUUGCCAGGAAAUGACAAAGUCUCUCGGCGUCAUGGGAAUCGUAUCAUUUGGUAUUUAUUUCUUCCACUUCUUCACAUAAAUUAGAAUUGAAACUUUUCAUUCCAUGUUACCAUUCAUAACCUAAAAUAGAGGCUUUUUAAUGUAAGUUAAAAUUAGUGACCUCUUAAGCUAGCCAAUGUUUAGAACAAAUGAAUUUUCAUUUCAUUUGUAAAUAUUCGUAUUUAUUUUAGUUGGGAGAGACUAAAUAAUCCCUUUUGAGAUUAUAAAAACUGAGCUCUUGAUAUUUUUGCU